AAGAAAUCCAGAUCCAUCUACUACCGAGCGCCUAGGCUACGGCGCCGGCAAUAAAAGCGUACAUUAGGAAGCUUGUGACACAAGUAAUCGGCUAAUGAAAUUUUCUAUCCAGGAGUCCCUUCCACGAAGAUAAAAAUGCGGCAGCGGCCACCACGGCGCUCCUUGCUGACGUGUUGUCCUCGUGGGUGUUGUACUAGUAGUUCCGGCUACUUUUUCGCUGCGCUUCUGCAUUUUUACACUUUUACAGUGAGACGUUGGACCACCUGCGUUUAUGCGACAGCUGACCCAGUGAAUAAACCGGCGUUGACCGACGAGGACGACUCUAGCCCUGCAUUGAAGGACGAAGGUCGUGAUAUUUUUGUCGGAGACCCUCGAGCCACAGCCGGUGGAGAUCCGCAAGACGAGCAGACACUAGAAGCGGAAAACUUUGGGCUGGAGAACAACUUUAUUGCCGAAGAAAAUAACGCCAAUGCGUUCCUCCAGAAAACGGAAGAGGCACUCGAAGAGCAUGACUCUGCCGUGGCGUAUGAUCAGGAGGGCAAUGCGGUGGCGGACGAGGAGGAAAAUAAAAUUCCUUCCGAUGCAAGAAAACCGCGGCAACUGAUUGGAGAGAAAGCACCAACGCCGUCGUUGCGCGGCGCGUCGAGGAAAAAUUACGCAGCCAUAGCGGAUGAUGCAGGAGCUUCUGCUACACGACCACAACAAACACCUGCCAGUACAGAAACAGGUCUUCCUAGAAGUUCUCGUGCUGCCGUCGCGACUACAGACAGCAAGGAGCAAUGGUCCAGCGUACUGGAGAAGGAGGAAACCGCCGGUGGCGAGAGUAGAACCGGUGGCAAGGUUCAUCCUGAUGCCUCGCAUGGGUAUGGAGGUCCAACACCCAUGACUUCCUCAGGCAGUGAGGCUAAAAGAUACGAUGGCGAUGCAGCUGCUAUCGCUAGUACAUCGAGAGAAAAUCUUUAUGCGCCGGAAACAACUACAGAGAAGGACUCGACGUCACAUAUUACAAUGAAAAAUGCCCCCACCCCCAAAGUUGCAAUAAUUUGUGCUGCGAAGUUUCCAAAUGAAAACUUUUUGCCAUGCAUGAAAGGAGUAUGAAUCUUUCUGAUGCAGAGUCUAGGCGUGUACUAUUGCAUCGCUUGCAUGACAAGCGCCACUCUUGCUGGGGUCUUUUGCAAUACAAAUUGUUGCUAUUCACGAUUGGAAACCUGUGAUGCUGAUAGGUGCAAGAAGAGGGCAAAUGUUUCAUUUGGAAAGGUUUGCAAUACAAAUGCUCCCAAGUUCGGGGGUGGGGGCAUUUUUCAUUGUAAUAUCACAGGAAGAUGCUUCAUCAUCCUCUCCAGACAUCGAAUUCCACAAGGCGGAGUUUAUGCAUUGCAAAAGUAUCGUACUCGUAUAAAUGCAUUACAAAUUUCCUCAGCGUGAGAAAUAAAAUUUGUAAUGCAGAUUUGCCUUGGAAACAAGAUUUGUAAUGCAAGACUUGCAUUUGUACGAGUGCGAUACUUUUGCACAGGAUAGAGUUCCACCCGCGCCCCAUCAAGUUUGGCCCCCAGGACACCGCGCAUCUGCAGGUCAUGCAGCACGAGGAGCACGCCACCGCGUCGCACGCACGGGCGGCCACGGAGCUGCUAGCGCAACGGGAGGUAAUGCUGGAAGCGCAAGAAAAAAGCGCGGCCGCGGCGGUGCAGGAACUUCUACAAAAAGCGGAGGCAAGAAACAGCUUUUCCGCUUUAGAAGGAACUGUUACUCCCUCUGGCGGUGCUAAAGAUGCAGACGGCGAUCAUGAGGAUCCAGGGUAUUCUACGCUCUUUUCCGGCCGAGGAACAUCAAUUGGUAGUGUUUUUUCCGACCUUGCGUCAAGUUUCUUUAGCAUGGGAACAACUACCGGCACAAAGGAAGCCGACGAUCUUCGGGUUCGGGAACAGCAGCACAAUACGAAGAACGUCCAACACAACGAACAAGACCCAGCAUCCGCAAAUUCUGAGGCAGCAACGAAUUACACCCUAGCAGCUAUAGCACCAGCAACACCUACAACAUCACCAUUCUCCGCGCCGUCGUCUAUGCUGCAAGAGGAGGAGACGGAAGAUGAGGCAACUGGUGCAGACAUGUGGACCGACCUCGUUUUAGGAACCGGCAUGGAGCACUUGCAGAAGAUCUUGCUGUCUGCGCUUAACAGCGGCGAUAGUAGCGAUACGCGGCAUGAUGUUGCGGGAAUGAUAGGUACUAGUCAAGGUAAUUUGGCUCUCGACAAUACCACCGUGGUCGCGAGCAGCUUUCUCCAAGAAGGAGAGGCAGUAAAACACGAAGAACUACACCGCGAGAUGAAAACAAGACAAACAAGAAGACUGAAUACAGCAGAAAGCAGAGUGGAUAACCACCAGCAGCAGCAGCUCCAAUUUCGUCGAGAAACAACUAAAGAAGGCCAAGAAGAACAAGAAGAGCAAUCGCGGGAACGAAGUAAAUUCACUCUCAACCAAGAAGUUCUGCAAACCGAGAUGAAACAUCUGCAGUUACAGGGGGAGUACAUGGAGCAGAAGCUCGACCUGCAGGAGCGCGCCGUCCAGUUGCUGACUUGGACGGCUUUCGUUCUCGGGAAGUCCUUCCGCACGGCCACGAAAACGCUGUACAAGGCGUAUCGAAACAAUGACACGGACAUGCUGGCGGCCACGACCGCGCUAAUGCGGCCGUUGUCCGGGAUCGGGGAUUUCCGGACGGGGGGCGUCCAGAGCCUGUACAGCCGGGAGUACAUGCCCUUCAUGAGCGGAGACUACCUCGGAAAGCACGUGCAACUGGUGCUGGUUCCGGCCUUUCUCCCGGGGAACAAACAGAAAAUCCAAAUUGAAACGGAACUGAGCGGAGUCCAGAAAGAGGUCGCGAAGGAACCGAAGAAAAACCUGGACAGCGCCUUAGGAGAAGACGAGGAGGAUUAUGCAAGAAAAAAACUGUGUAAGUGUAACUCUGUAAUGCAGGACAUGCAACAGGUUUACACCUGUCAUGCCAGACAUCCAUGAAGUCCUCUUUUCAUAUUUGUUUUCCCUUACUAGCUACGCAUGACAGGUUUUCUCUGUCAUGCAGAGCAAACUUGUGAUGCUGUUCCUCCAAGAAAGUUACACCUACACAGUUUUUUUCUUGCAUAAGGACGGCGGAAAAGCUAGUAGUGCCAGCAGUAGCAGCUUCUUUGAACAAAGAGAUGAAACCGAGAGGAGCGACGAUCAAGCUACAAGUGACACUACGACCAAAGAAGCCGCACCGAAGGCGCCGCGCUCGCGCUAUUCGCUGCGAGGAUCUGCUUCGACGUCCAAAGCGGCUGGAGUGGUACUAAAAGAAAAGAACAAUGCGCCGGGCAGCGGGAGUGGGACAAGAAGUGAACGCCACACAGCAGAAGUAGAGGACUACACGAGCAAGAAGGACAAUAUUUUUGACGAAGAUGCCGGGGGUGGCAAAAACGAGGACUACAACAGGGGGCGAGCCUCGCCUCUGCCCUCUUCCUGGCUGGAAACAACAAAGCAGCAAGUUGCCGAAGGUCGUGAACAAGAAUUGCAGCAGGAGAACACGAUGAAGGAACAGGUAGAAGAGAGCACAAGCACAGAAAGGAUAUUAACAAGCACCAAGCAAAAGAGAAACAAGCGACGCCAGAGUAGAACAAGAAAGGGCAAAAGGUGGAUUGCGGACGCGAUUAAGGGAAAGCUCGGAAUAGGCAAGACCGCAUCAGCAACCGCGGAAGAAGAAGACCAGCAAGAAAAAGAGGAGUCCGCGUUUGACAGGUUUUCCGCCGCGGUGGACCGGGACCAGAAGCGCAGGGUGGACACCUCGCAGCCCCGGUGGCCGUCGCUGAGCGAUUGGCCUUUGUUGCACGGAAAGUUCGGGAAAGUUGUGAACGUGUACUCGGUCGAGAUGGUCGAUCCGGAGGCUAAGCCGAAAUCUUCGCGGGAGCAGGCGAGCGACCCCCCCUUGCGAACCAUGAUUGCGGAGGUGAUGCUAGUAUGCAUGGCAAAAGUAUCGUACUCGUACUAAUUGCACUUCUGCAUCACAAAUCUAGUUGCCAAGGUAAAUCCGCAUUACAAAUUCAAUUUGUAACCCCAUUACAAAUUCAAUUUGUAAUGCUGCGCGAAUUAUUUGUAAUGCAAUUCAUACUAGUACGAUACUUCUGCGCAGGAUAGCUGGUUGCGGACCAGGAGGACCCGAAACGGUGGCCGAAUAUGGCGUUCUCAAACGUUACAUUCUCAACUGUUACAUGAAAUUUGUCAUGCAAGAACGGCAAAAGUGAAAGGGAAAAGAUUAGGCCUUUUGCAUUACAGGUUUGGAGCAGAUUAAAAUGCUAUCUAGCGCGACGAGAAGUUGUCAUGCAGAGAAGGCUUGAUCGUGUGAAGAGCGAUAGUGUUUUUGCAUGACAAAUCAUGUAAAAGUUGAGAAUGUAAAAUUUGAGAACGCCAUACCGAAGGGCUCCAGCGUGUUGCUCCCGGCGGGGACAUAUCCUGUGCAAAAGUAUCGCACUCGUAGUAACUGCAAUCAUGCAUUACAAAUCUUUUCCUUAAGGUGAAUCCGCAUCACAAAUUUUAUUUCUCAUGCUGAGGAAAUUUGUAAUGCAUUUAUACGAGUGCGAAUGCAGCGAUACAAUGCUUUUGCACUGCAUAGGACACUCUUCGUUCUCCCCGAGGAGGGCCAGUACAUCACGUUUCGCCACGCCGUGCAGCUCAUGGACGAGAAGAACAAACCAAAGCACACCUGCCACCCCGGGGGGAUUUUCCAAGUUGUCGAGAAGCCGGUCUACAACACAAGGCCGAACCCGAAGCACCCGAAAAAGAUCCGACUCCGGCCGGUGGUAUGAACUGCAAAAGCAUCGUAUUCGUAUCAAUGCAGCAUUACAAAUUUCCUUAGCAUGAGAAAUAAAAUCUGUAAUGCGAAUCUACCUGAAGAAAAAGACUUGUAAUGCAUGAAUGCAAUACGAGUACGAUACUUUUGCACAGGAUAGGUGGGCGUGAAAGACGAUUUGUUCGGGGACAUGCAGAAGAGCAGUAAUAUGGCGCACCAGAAGAAGCACUUCAUCGACGACAAAGAAACGCUCACCCUCCACUUGCAGGAACACUUACCCCCCCUACCCAAAAACAGCACGCAGGCCGCGAUCCUGAAGAUGGACGGCGGCGUCAAGGGGAGAGUGUUGGGCACGGCGCUGCAAGUGUUGCCGGACGAGCCGCUCGUGACGGUGGAAAACCCGCGGGAGGGCGGGGCCGAGAAGUUGAUGGUCUUUAAACUGCAGAACAAGAGCCCUCCUGCAAAGCAGGCGAGCUACAAGCUGCAGCCGAGCCCCGAGGUCCUGCAUUUGCUGUUCACAGCGAGUAUGGGGAUCCGGAAGUUGAGCGAGCAUUUACUCAACAGGGAACUGAAAAUGCUGCAGAUUGGGUCUGCACAGUACAAGGUAUUGAAACUACCACGUACUGUUCGUGGUUAUUCUUAUUUAAUUAUCAUUCACCGGGUGGAAAUAAAACUGCAUUUGUUACAUUCGUCAUUUUUCAUCAAAAUGAAUUUAACAUCAAGGGCAAUAUGAAUGAAAACAACCAGGCCGAGCAGUACGAGAAGAUCAAGAAGAAGAUCGCCCCUUUGAUAGAAUCUGGGUUCGCGGCCAUUCUGAAUCAAAAGCUCGCUAUCGACCAGGAUUUCCGGCACUUUGGCAAAGGCGCCGACCCGAAUAAAGCGAAUGCGGCCCCGCCGCUGGCGCUGGCGGUAUCGACUGUAAAAAUGUCUGGGUCUGGAAAAUUUCUAGAUUUGUCAUGCAUAUUUUCCAUGACUCAUGAUGUCUGUGAUGCAUGCCGUAGCAUCACAGAUUUUUAGAGCGCUUCCUCAUGCCUAUUCCACAUGACAAAUGCCAUCUCCGCGGAGCACAAAAUCUACUCCUCUUACUGGUCACGCAAUACAAAUCUUUUUCGAAUCCAGAGACAGCAUCACAAGUUUAGAUUCUUCCAGACCCAGACAUUUUUACAGUUGAUAGGCGGACGGCAAGAACAAGUUCCACAUUGUGCCCUUCGGCCUAUAUGGCGUUCUCAAACGUGACAGUCUCAACUGUUACAUGAAUUUGUCAUGCAAAAGCACCUUAAGCCGGCAGAUGAUUGAGCUGCUUCGCAUGACAAAUUUCGGAAGGGCUAGACAGCAUCUAAAUCUGCGCCAAACUUGUAAUGCAAAAGGCGCAAUCUUCCUCCUUUCACCUUUGCCAGUCUUGCAUUACAAAUUCAUGUAACAGUUGAGAAUGUAACAUUUGAGAACUCCAUAGCCUACAACCCAAUUUUGCACUCGUGCCGCAGCACACGAAGGCCGGAAAAGCGCUGGAGCGGCCGAAGUCCGUCCGAAAGUUUUUUAGCCUGGUGCUAAACCCAGUGAAGCUGAUGGAAUACGCCACCGGCACGACAAAUUUCGGAAUCUUCGAGGUGGUCUCUAUGGGGCUCUCAAGCGUUACAUUCUCAACUGUUACAUCCAUGAAUUUGUCAUGCAAAAACACCAUCAUCAUCCAAUCCUCACGAUCAAACUGCUCCGCAUGACAAAUUUGCGAAGGGCCAAAACGUUCCUAAAUCUGUGCGGAAUUUGUAAUGCUACAGGUGCAACCUUCCCCCUUUCACUUUUCCCAUUCUUGCAUCUCAAAUCCAUGUAACAGUUGAGAGUGUAACAGUUGAGAGCGCCACAGUCUCCGCUCAAACGUUCGACCUGCUGCGCGCCGUGGGCAAGAUGGCAGACGACGCGUGGUGGCAGAGGGAGAUCGCGAAGCUGGAUAAACUGGAGGGAAAAACAAAAGGAAAGAAAGCCUCCUCGUUCUUGCAAGAAGAGGAGGUGUCACCAAUAGAACAUGUCGCAAAUGUAGUUGAGCGCGACCCUGCUACACGACCACGACCAGAAAAAUUCUCACAAGAGCGUGGUCCUGCUGCCGUAAACUUGUCUCCACCCUCAUCUACAGUCAUCGAGGUGGGCGAGAUUUCGACACAAGGGGACAUGACUCUGAUAAAGCCCAUCCAGCCGCGGAUAACCACGACCCUGCUCGAAGCGCUAGAAGGUGGGGGCAGAGACUCUUUGCAAGUAGUAGACAUGAGAAGUGCAACAUCAGGCGGUCAUCUUCCGUCAUUUCCGCAUAGCCGAAGUACAACAAGUAUCAACCACGGAAUCACGAGCGACGAUCUCAACAUGGGCCGCGGGUCCUCUUUUCUCGAAACGGGCACAAUAAGCGCGACGAGUAGUAACGUGUCAGGGAUACUUCUACCCGAUGAUGUGAACUACGCCAGCGAGAGUGGUGGUGGUAACGCCGCGGGCGACCGUGACCGGCAACACGAACCUCAUACGGAGCUGGAGACAGAAACAAGUACUGUGCAGCUGCACAUAGCCGGCUUGGAGGUAGCAAGCAGCAUGAAUAGCAACUACGCCAAAAAUCCGAGGCCAGAUGGAGCUACGAGUAAGAAUGGAAAGGACAGCACAUUUGACGAAGAUGAUAUGUCCCGGGCAACACCCAGCAGUACAUUUCUCGGACUGGGGGAAAGCGUCGUAGAAAACGAAUCCUCCGCCCCGGCGGCGGCAGCAUCCAGUGUGGCGAAGAAGGAUUCCGCAGGAGGAGCGGCAGCAGCGAGAAGUACAAACAGCGCACCAACGCCAGCCGCAACCGCCGCGGCCUCCGCGCAAAAAGACAAGUUUCUGGAGGACGUGGCGAGCGAGCUGCUUUUCAUUGCCAGAACGGCCUUUUUCGCGGUGCAAAACGUUCUCGCGAGGGAGGCGAAGGCAGACCCGAACGGCCGCCCGACGCUGGACAAGGUGCUCAGCGUCGCGCCCAUGCAGGAACCGACGUUUUUCACAAAACACGAGGCCGCGAGACGCGGUAAGGCAAAGGAAAACAAGGACGGGACGCUGAAAAAGUCCGCGAUUGGUACUACCGCCUUUACCGACAUUGAAGGAACGGACUACGGCUCCUGUGCAGCACCGCGAUUUGAGGAUCUGGACGGGGGGUCGUUAUCCUCUGGCGAAAAGUAUAUCAAAUUGAUCUACUUCAAUACAUGCAAACAAGUGCAUUAAAAUAUACACUGUCUAGGUCAAUCAGCAUUGUAGAUUCCGUGUUUUCAUCAACAACUGUGGCAUCAUGCAGUUUUGAAUGGCACAAUACAAUACUUUUUCCACCAUGCAUACCCGCCUACACCUGCUGAUUGGGACGAGGGAGACUGGGACGAGGAGGGCGGAGAGGACGACUACUACGACGAGAGCGAGUACUAUCCAAGACAUCAAAUUCAAAACUGUCUCAGUGCAGUAUAGUAAAUGUGUAUAAACUACAUGCAACACUAUAAUAAGCUUAACAUGCCAGACAACCAACACGAGGUCCUCAAGUCCUCCUUUCAUUUUACAUGUGUUUCCACGUGCCAGCCGUGCAUGACUGGUUUCUUCAGUCAUGCACGGCGAAAAAAAUCGUCUUCAUCCUGUGAACGGAACAAUGUAGAUGUUCUUGCGCUACGCAGCACAGUUUUAUUUUCCUUGGAUAAGUACGUCAACAAGAAAGUGAAGGAAUCUGAGUCCAUGGGCAGCUUCAUGCUGGACGAAGAGGACACAUCAAGCUCGGGGGAAAAUUCCGCCACCUCCGCAGAAGAAAACUCGUCCAACGAGGAGGAAUCUGCGUUUUCUUCGUUUCUGUCCCUGUUCACUUCCACGACAGAGGAAAAACCCAAACCGACGUCAAAAAAGAUAGAGAAAAAAAAGAAAAAGGAGAGAAAGAAGGCGCAACCCAGACUGACGAUGUAUCAGUGGUACGAGGAACGUGGCGGGGGCGAAGAUGGCUUAUGAGAGUGCACAACCACAACUAUGUCACUCAGCCUCAUUUGCAAGAACACCACCCUUUUCCUUUGGCACUGCAUGCAUGACAGGUUCCGGAAGCCGAAACAAGACUAGAACCGUUCACGAACUUGAUGUCUUGCAAAAGCUGCAUUUAUGUAGUCAGGGGGAGGACGUCGAGUUGUGCACUCUCAUAUCGCUGGUUGUGGAACCCGAAAGAAAAGAAAUGGGAGAAGUGGGAGUGGGUGGAAAGCGUGGAUGAAUGGGACGAGGAUAUCACACAGAAAGGAACUGGCAGGUCAUAUUUGUAAUGCAAAAAUACAUAGACAAAAAAAUUUGUAUUGCAUAUCCUAAAUAGCAUGCUAUCGCUAUGAAUGAGGCCGCCCAUGACAGAUUUUUCUGUGUAUUUAUUUUUGCAUUACAAAUAUGCCCUUCCAACUUUUUUUUUGGGAUAGAGGAGGAGGGGUACAUGGUACUUCUAGAGGACCUAUGCAGUGCAAAAGUAUCGUAUUCGUACUCGUUUAAAUGCAUUACAAAUUUCGACUUCCUCAGCAUGAGAAAUAAACUUUGUAAAUGCGGAUGUACCUUUAAAAAAAAAUGCAUGACUGCCAUUACUACGAGUGCGAUACUUUUGCACAGGAUAGGACCAACCAAAAACUGGCAAAAAAGGUCUUAAAAGGGAUUGGGACGAGGCCCGCCAAGCGGGCGACGGUUAUCCACUCCAAACCUGUCUGGGUCUGGAAACUUGUGACGCUACCAAGUAAGUUAUGAUUUUUGAACAAUGCUGGGUGCACCCCACCGCAAUAGUACGCACUACGCAGCCAAUCAACAUAACAAGUUUAUUUUGAGCACCUAUGCGUUUCGUCUCGUGUUUAAGUUAAUGCCGGGUAUACUGUGUUUGUGCAUGACAGACAGGCAAGAGGCUCUACUUUUUGGAUUAAGAGUCGGGGAAGACACGUAUAAUGAACUUGCGAUCAUCAUUCAGACCUCCCAGACAUUUUUGCAAUGCAUACAGCCUACAUUCAAUCACUUUUUCACCCGAAAGGUGGUGGUGCCAUAUGGGAUUCUCAAAUGUUGCAUUCUCAACUGUUACAUGAUUUGUCAUGGAAAUCUACCACCAAGAUCGCCACCAUUAAGCUGCUUCGCAUGACAAAUCUCCGAAGGGGCUAAACGGCAUCUAAAUCUGUGCCAAAUCUGUAAUGCAGAAGGCGCAAGCUUCCCCCAUUCACUUUUGCCGUUCUUGCAUUACGAAUUCGUGUUGAGAAUGUAACAUUUGAGAACUCCAUUUGCCAAGCAGUUGGUGUGGAAGUGGUGGAAUAUCCUCGAUGCAAAAGUAUGAUCGCGCUCGUACGAGUCGUACAGAAACCUAUCUUCUUGCAUGUCUGUGCAUGACAGGUUUGUUUCAGUUUUUUCACCUGAAAAUGCAUGACGUUCUUCCUUGAAAAAAAUUGUCAUGAAAAGUUCUUUAUUUCGUUUUCCAGUGCAAUUAUACUAUUGAAAUGCAUACGGAAACCUGAGCAACCAAAUGUCGUCGAGCCGAUGAAGCCGCCAUGGCAGAUCUGGCUUAUUCUGUGUAAAAACUUACACCCCCCAUAGUCUCAAGGUAAGGACAAAAAUAAAAAUAUGAUUUGCCAAGACAAAUCCAGAAGUUUUAGGAUUUACGCCUGAAGAAGAUACAGAUGAGUCGUAUUUGCGAGCGGAUGGCUCCGCAUCCGUGAGCCACUUGGUACACAUAAUCCUAUAAAUUGAGUAUGACACCAGUGAACGUGACGGACGAAAAAGUACCUCUCUCACGGAGGCCACGGGAAACACGACACCAGUAGGGGCAUACAAAUGUGCAUGUCAAGUCGGGAGGGUGCGUUCUUGAACAGGAUAUGGCUGAGUAUAGGCCUCGGCAUUUUCACUAUUACGUUCCUGAUCAUCACGCUGACGGAGGGGGCCGUAUUGUGUCCUUGUUUUGUCGUGUGUUGUGCUGCAUCCUGUGAAUCCUGUGCAAUUCCCGGAUGCUGUGCGGCUUCCACUGGCGGAGGCGCCUGUUGCGCUGCCUGCUGUGCAGAGGGGACCACUUGCGCCACGGUUGGGAUUGCCUGUACCGGGGUGAAGCUCGGAUGUACGAUUCUCAACAUCUGCGCCAGUUUUAUCUUGCCUUACUUUUGCCGGAUCAAACCCUGUAUCCUGUGCAAAAGUAUCGUACUCGUAGAAAUUCAUGACAAAUUCCCUCAGCAUGAAAAAUAAGAUUUGUCAUGCGGAUUUGCCUUGAGAUAAAAAUUUGUAAUGCAUGAUUGCAAUUACUAGGAGUACGAUACUUUUGCACAGGAUACCCUGGCCCGGGACCGGAGUUUUGAUCGGAGCGGGGAUCCGGGCGGCAUAUCCUGUGCAAAAGUAUCGUAUUCGUAUAAAUGCAAGUCUUGCAUUACAAAUCUUUGUCUUAAGGCAAAUCCGCAUGACAAAUUUAAUUUCUCAUGCUGCGUAAAUUUGUAAUGCAUUUAUACGAGUGCGAUACUUUUGCAGUUCAUACGGCAGCUGAGACAGCCAAUACGCCGAUAUCUGGGAAGGCAAGUCUCGUCGUCGCAGGGAUUGAGAAGGUCCGGUGAUCUACCUGAUCAAUACGCGGUUGGCCACGACACGAAGAUGUUGAAAAAGAACCUCUACAACAGUGUAUCCUGUGUAAAAACUACAACCUCCCCAAGACGCUAUAAAGUCAAGACGUUGGGACAAAGUUCGCUAUUUACACAAGUCAAGUUCAAGCAGAAGGAGGCCUGGUACUAGUCUUGCAUGACAACUUUCGGUAUAGAUGGUCCUCGUGGUCAGCUAUUGCAGCCACGUCACAACGAAUCGGCUUUGUAGUUCCCAACCUCCUCAUUAGACUUCGAAACACGAUGAGAAUCAUGUCAACUCGGCUGUGGUUACCACGAUUUUACGCAGGAUACAGUUCUCAACAUCUCCUGUUGCUGAAGAGUCGGGUAGCAAACGACCUCGCGACGACGACUGCGAGAACAAGCAUGAAAAACAUCGAUAUGCAACAAAGAAUCCCAAACCUGGUGCACAUGUCCAUGCCAUAUGUGACAGUGACAGAGGUGAUCGUGAUAGUAAGUAAGCAUCUCGGCUGCAGGCAGGCGUGUGCGCCGUCCACCCAGCCGCGGCCGCAGCGAUGUGUAGUGUUCGAACACCUUUUGUAAUGACGGAUUGUCUAUCGGCUUCUGUAUGGCGAGCUACUUGCACAAGCAUUGUUUAGAAGCUACAUGAAACUGCAAUCUGGAGAAGAUGUGGAAGAUGAUCAUAAAGAGCUGAAAGAGUACUUGGAACUACUCCACUUUAGAU